AAACUCGCACGUUACUGGCAGUGUGACCCUUUCAUUAUGUAAUGGUAAUGAUAAUUUAAAGAUUUUUGCAGAGUAGAGUUUAUAAACCAGGUGUUUUGAAGGGGAAAUCUUUGACCUACGAUCGAGUCCCAUCUCGAACCCAGGGCACCUUCCUCUGGUCGGUGCAAAACACUGCAGACGACUCUGGGUACGAGAUUGCGCAACAGCAGAAGACAAAAUAAGUAUGGCGGUCCCCUUCACAGCCUGACCGGACCGUUCGAUGGAGUUUAGACUAAAAUUGUGACUGAAUAACCCCGGCUCAGGCAGUUAAACUACCUCCACAGGUCUCUGUGAUUUCUGUCCAUCCUGAUUGCCUGUGAGAAGAAGCCCCACCAUGCAGAUCCUUCUGCAGAAGAAGGCGUCCUUCUGGCACCGCCGCAUGCACUGUCUGCUGAUGUACUCCGCCUCCGAGUGCGCCUCCAGCAGCAAGACGGGCUCAGCCACGUCACCUGAGCUACAGCGGAAGCGUCUGCUCAAGACGUCUAGUGCCUUAUCUCAAUGUCCCGUUCACGGGAUGCUCACCGCCAAGCCCCUGUCUCCAGAUGAGCAGGGUGCGCGCAGUAAAGCCACUGGCCAAGGAGGUGCCAAGGAAGAAAGCAGCGUGGGGUACGCCUGUCAGAAGUGGCUACACGACAGCACUGAAAGCAAAGACGGGUUGUCGUACCUUCGCUCUGACGUCAGCAUGAGCGAUAACAGACCGAGCUCGAUUGGCCGCGCGAGCCUGGCGAAGGCAAACGCUGCUCGUCACGGAGGAGCAACUGUUGGCGAGGCCUCCCACUUCUCGUGCGGUCUCGUCGGCUGUGAGUGCCAAACGGUUUCUAACACCCCUCCCAGAUUUGUAGGCAUAUGGAAGAGUAAGCUGGACAGUACCUAUAGUCAUGCCGAGAAGGCCUGGAAGGGUGGAGCGACUGGUUUUACACCAGGAAAAAAGGACGCGGAUGGGCCGAAACUGCAGUGCUCCUGUCAAAACAGUCGUUUUGCUCUCUGCAAGGAUGGAAGUGAAGUGUACUGGGUGAACAGUUUUCAAAAAGCUGGUAAUACAAACACAAAUUUCGCUCAAAAUGCUGCUAGGAAGUACAGCGCCGGACUGCUCUCGGCGUCUCUCAACAAGAAGUUUAGCCCGACCCAGCCAGUUGGACGGUGUGGCUAUGCGACGUCUGCAGCACAGCCAGUGAUCGAGCGAUCGCCGGCCGUGGUGUCAAAGACGAGUCGCGUGAUGGCUACACUGCAGUCUGCGUACAUGCUGCCCAUGUCCUUCAUGAACGGAGCAGCUCACGACCUGAAGAGAUUCCUGGAAGAGGUUGGCACAGACCCUAAGGAGGCACGCUAUUGGCUGAAACAGUUCCAGCGUUCCACUGAUGCAGACCACCCGUUUGCUGUUGUACAGGUGGACCAGGAGGUGUUCACUAAACCUGAGAUGCUUGAGGGUCUAGGGUCGUGCCUGGCGUUCCUACAUCGCCACGACAUGAAGCCAGUUAUCGUGCACGGAUGCACCGUACCGGAGGAAGUGGAGAUGACUCCACAAGUUUUGUAUAAUGUGAAGAACCAGCUGGUAGAAGACAGUAUGCGGAUGGUGAACGUGCUGGAGGCCCAGGGCGCCCCCGCUCGCCCGCUCUUCAGCGGAGGCUGCAUCCUGGAGGCCGAGCCGAAGAACCCUCUCAGUGCUGACUUGAGGGGAGUUGUUAAGGAGGUUAACCCAGAACCACUGAAGUGGUGUUUGAGAUCUGGACACAUCCCUGUCAUCAGCACCCUCGGAGAGACGUCUACCGGACAGGUCAUGACCAUCGACUCCUCCGAGGCCACCGAGCAGAUCUCACAGAUCCUCGCCCCCCUCAAAGUCAUGUUCUUAAACACCCAGGGGGGCAUUGUGGACAGGGGUGACCAGCACCAGACUAUGGAAUUGCUCACAGGGAGUGAGCGCUCUACCGCUACUACAUGUAUGAUGUCACUUAAUGCAGAUAGGAGACGUGACUCGACUGUUGUUCAAGUGAAUCUUCCCGCCGAUCUAGAAAGUCUUCUACAGCAGCCCUGGUGCACUCCAGCUAUCAAAAAGAAGGUGCUGCGUAUAUCAGAACUGCUGAACAAGCUGCCUCCCGAGUCCUCUGUGGUCAUCACAUCAGCCAAUGCUGUGCUGACUGAGCUCUUCACCCACCAUGGAUCAGGGACGUUCUUCAAGAACACAGAACCCAUCAAGAAGUACCAGAACCUGGCAGAUGUGGAUCUGAAGCGUCUGAACGAGCUCCUUCGCAGGUCUUUUGGCCGAGUUCUGAAGGACGACUACUGGGAGAGACUGCAGGGUCGACUGAACACAUUGUACCUGUCUGAGGGGUACAAUGCUGCUGCCAUUGUGACCAAUGAGCAGGUGGAUGGAAUGCCAUACCUGGACAAGUUUUCUGUCAGCACACAGAUACAGACUGAUGAAAAGGCUAGGGCCAGGGAAGGGGAGUAUUACUACCAAGAGCAACUAGAGGGCCAGGGUACCAGUGAGAUGCUGUGGGAACAUGUGCGGCGGGACUUCAAGUCUCUCUUCUGGCGUUCACGAGGGAGCAACAAGAUAAACCCAUGGUACUUCAAGAGAUCUGAAGGCAGCUGGAGUGAUGGACAGUGGACAGUGUUCUGGUACGGAGUGUCCCAGCCCAAACUGUCCUACGAACUGGUCGACUUUGCUGCAAAGCUGCCGUCUUCCUUUACAGAGGAUGAUGACAUUGGUUCCAAGGCAUCGAUUGCAGAAUGAUCUUCCCCAGCUGACAGUGCCAGCAUCUGAAAACAAAGGCUUAAGAAACAACUCUUAACAUCUUGAGUUGAAGAAACUUAUCAGUAAAAAUAGCAAGAAUUUUUUUAUUUUUCACUGCAGCAACAAGCUACAUUGCAAGAUUUUCGUUCCCUGCAAUUUUGUUUCAUUUGCUGAAUAUUUUUGUAUUUCUUCCAUCAUGUGUUUUGCACAACUGUCAUCCUGAAAGGAUAGAUUUGUAAUCAUAGUAAUUGAAAAUACUAUGUAUUGAUUUGAAAUCAUAUACACAAUGUAUAUGUUCUUGACUUAUUCAAGACUCUACAGUAGGAGGUAGAAAGAACCAAUACAAGUCACCGCAAAAAUGCAAACCACGCAAUGCAGUACAUUGAAUGUACAAAACAAAAUUUUGUGUCGUUAAUUAAACUUUCUAGUAGCUUUCGCAUACCAAAUUAGGUACGCAGGAGAUGGCUGAUAAGUCAAUUUGGUUUUGGGUGCUUUGGGACCAGAUUUCAUUUAAACUUCAGAUAGAGAAGUCCCAGUGACUUGCUGUUUCAACAUACACUUAGAUACAGAACGUCCUUGCUCUUAACAGUCAUUUUUUUCAAUAUUCUGAUGUUGCAUAUAUAUACAUUGUAUAUUAUACACAAAAAUUUACAUUGUUUUUGAUACCGCCUUUAAGUCAUUUUAAUUUUUCUUUUUUUAUAUGUACCCUUUGUUCCAAAGUUGGAAUUUCGUUUGGUCUUACAAAAUGUUGAUUCUAUAAGGUGUGUAAAUUCCAUAAAACAAUGUUUUCCUAAUAACACAGUGUUAAUAAUGUAGCAUUCAACAGUGUGGAAACUGUUUGAAAUCUCCAAAAUUGUUGACAAGGUUUCGACUGAUUUUUUUUUAUCUCAUGGUUUUGCUACAUUUUGCCUUUGACGCACAUUCGCAUACUUACCGCUAAUUUAACAUGCCCACAAUACUGCCAAUGGUAUAUGGCUGCCAUAUUUGAAUGCAUUACACUACACAGUGGGCCACUAAAAUACACUGUCCUAUUUGUCAUUAAAAAAAAAUCAAAUCUUGUAUAUUUAGUUUCACAAUGUACAGAAGAAUUCUCUGCAAUUUUUUUAUUUAUUGUAAAGAAACUAUUGAAACUAUUUUCUUGACAAUUCAAAGCUUAAGCAACAUAUAAUGUACAGCUUAAUAAGAACUAUGUUGCAUGUGGGAUAUGUUUAAUUUUCAUGGUGCAGGAUUUUUUUUAUUAAAGCCAUUGAAAAAAAUACAAACAUGAUGAGAGAUAUAUGUUGUCAUAUAUAAGUCUGGUGUGUAAACUAUAAAAUGUUUAGAUUUGUGAGUAACAAAAAAAAUGUUUGCUAGAGAAAUGUGAGUGAAGUGUUGGGUGUUGUUCAGUGUUAAAACCCAAGAAAACAAUUCACUCCCUAGACUAGGGUCGAUAGUAAUAAGGUAGGAUAACAGAAUACUAAUCCAACAUGAAAACUUUAAAAGUGUAUAUUUGUGUGAUUUCAUGGUAAAUGUUGGAAACCAACAAAACUGACAAUUCUGUGUGGUUUGAAAAAGGUCACAAAUUUGCUGGAUAGACAUUUAGUAAUUUCGAAUUCUUUACAGUGUUAACAUCAUGCAAGUUGCAUCAUUUUGUGGUACUAUUUGCUUCUGACUGCCUUGUUGUCCUUUAUGUUUUGUUUUAUUUUAUUUUAACCCAUAUUUUCACAUCAGACUCUGAAUAUGAUCUUGAACACAAUUUGUACAUAUAACCUCCUGGUCUUGUUCUUUUGAAAACCUUUACAUAUGUUGUAAAUAUAACAGAAUCUUUAGAAUAUUCUAACAUUUUUUCACCCCUUCCCCUCCCCUCAUUUUAGAUAUUUCCUCAUAAAGUACCACCUUGAUUGAUUGUUAUGUAAUACAAUAUAUGUGUUAGCAGCAUUAAUUGGUCUUUGGUCUAAGUAAUGUAUGCACUUAAAAAACAUAAGGCCAUUGCUCCAGAAAAAUCAGCAUUUUGUGACCAUGAUACGGGUUUACUGAUGGAAAAGAAGUGAGUAAGAAACAGUGACACGUUUAUCUAUUGGAGUUGUGACAUCGUGUGAUGUUUUGUGGUAAUGUUCCGUGUAACAAAUAUGAUGAUUGAUUGUAAUAUUUAUUUUUUUGAAAUAAUUAAAUAUGGAAGGUGUGAUUGUU